CGUAUUUUACGGCAUAUAAAUACCAUUUCUUCAAAAGGAGCAGUUGUAACAGGGUUACUCUGGGGUUUCUCAUUCACUCACCAAAGAAGAAACUAGGGUUUUACAAAAUAACCUUUCUCUCUUUUUCUUCAUUCCAAUCCAAUACCAAAUAUGAGUCGUCAUCCCGAGGUUAAGUGGGCUCAGAGAGUUGACAAGGUCUAUAUCACGGUGCAAUUGGCUGAUUCAAAAAAUGCUAAAGUGGAUCUUACUCCUGAAGGCGUUUUUACCUUCUCUGGCAGCGCUGGCACUGAAGACUAUCAGUAUGAGCUAAAACUGGAGCUCUUUGAGAAGGUUAAUGUAGAGGAGAGCAAAAUUAAUGUAGGAGUGCGAAGCAUAUUCUGUGUAGUGCAGAAGGCAGAAAAUGGAUGGUGGAAAAGGUUACUGCGUGGAGAAGGCAAGACUCCACAUUAUGUGAAAGUAGACUGGGAUAAAUGGGUGGAUGAGGAUGAGGAAGAUGGCAGUGGUGAACCGGACUUGGGAGGAAUGGAUUUCUCGAAAUUUGGAGGAAUGGGUGCUGAUGGAAUGGGAGGGAUGGAUUUCUCUAAAUUUGGUGGUGAUGCAAUGGAUGAUAUUGAUGAGAGUGAUGAUGAAGAGCAAGAAGUGUCGAAGCCUGUUGAAGCCGAUGCUGGCGAGGCAUCGACGGAGACAAAAGAGGCUGCUCCAAGCACAUGAUGUCGUUUCUGUUCAUGACGCUACCUUAGAAGACGCUUUAUGAAAAUUCUGAGUGAAAAUUUCUUUCUGUACCAUUGAUUGGUAGUUGUUUUUAAGUAUGAGACAUUUAUGUCUCACCCGUGGUGGCUAAACAUUUAGCAAGUAUUAUUAUUUAUCAGAAAAAUGCUCCUAGUUGACUUAGGAUAUUGUAUAAUUGAGAUUUAUUUUCAUGCAUGAUAUCGGGAUUUGCAUAUUUUUAUGUUCA